AUGAACAGAUUAUCACAGAUAUAUAGUCAUUUGCACGGCAAGCAGUCAGAUUUAACCUCGAUCAAAUCAAAACACCCCGAUGACGUGGUGAUUGUGUCCGCUCUAAGAACUCCAAUUGCGAGGGGUCGCAAAGGUGGGUUCAAGGACUUGAAAACUGAAGAUAUCUUGUACCUUCUCCUUUCUGAAUUCAAAAAGCAGAAUAUCAUUGAAUUUGAAAAAAUCGAAGAUGUGGCCUGUGGGAACGUUCUAAAUCCUGGGGCCGGUGCCAACGAGUUGCGUGCUGCCGCUUUGGCUGCUGGGAUUCCAUACCAAACACCUUUUGUUUCCAUCAAUCGUCAAUGUUCUAGUGGACUCAUGAGUGUUAACUAUAUUGCCAACCAGAUUGCAACCGGUCAAAUCAAUAUAGGGCUAGCGUGCGGGGCAGAAAGUAUGACAACUUUCUUUGGCCCAAAAGCCGCUCCGGCAAUUAGUGAUCUCUUACUCGACGAAAGUGAUGAGGCUGCCAAAUGCUUGAUUCCAAUGGGUAUAACCAAUGAAAAUAUUGCUGAAAAGUUCGGUAUUGACAGACCUACCCAGGAUCGGUUCGCUGCAAAUUCGUACGCAAAGGCUGAAAAGGCAUUAGCGUCCAAUGCUUUUGCCCAAGAGAUCUUACCAAUCCCUGUUGGCGAUAAAGUGAUCAGUAAAGAUGAAGGCGUGAGACCAGGAACGACUUUCGAAACAUUAUCAAAACUCCGUGCGUCUUUCAAACAGGAUGGUACAACGCAUGCUGGGAACUCCUCGCAGGUAUCUGAUGGGGCGGCUCUUGUGCUUCUUGCUCGUCGUUCUGUGGCCGAGACUUUAAGCUUGCCAAUUGUAGGAAAAUAUGUUUCUACUCAGGUUGUUGGAGUUCCUCCGGAAAUUAUGGGGGUUGGACCGGCUUAUGCCAUUCCAAAGCUCUUGUCUUCUGUCAAUGUUGGGGUGUCGGAUAUCGAUAUUUUUGAAAUUAAUGAGGCAUUUGCGGCCCAAUGUUUAUAUAGUGUGGAAAGCUGCGGAAUUCCGUAUGAAAAGGUGAACCCUCGUGGUGGUGCAAUUGCCUUGGGCCAUCCUUUGGGUUGUACUGGAGCAAGAUUAGUGGCUACCUUGUUGAGUGAGUUGAUAGCUGGACAGUUGGGGGUAGUUAGUAUGUGUAUUGGUAGUGGUAUGGGUGCUGCUGCUUUGUUUGUUAAGGAAUGA